AUGCGAUUUACAAUAGUCAUUCCGUCCCUGCUCACCAUUCUGUGCGUUUCCGAAUCACACCCGAAAGUGUACACGCAGGAAUGCAUCUCCAAGGUUUCCGACGAGUCUUUCGACCAUUUUAUGAUCGACUUUCAGGCGGAAUACUCGUCGUGCGAGCAGUUCAACUCUUGCUGCGACUUCCGAUGUAGUCGUGCCCGCCAGAAGAGAUCCACGUGCACUAUCAACGGCACCGGAAUCAAUGUGAUCCAGACCGAAUGCAUUUGGUAAAGCCUUUCGAUCUACUGACUCCAAGAUUUCAACCUUUCAGCACGAAACCCGUGCAAAUGUUUGACGUGCCCUACACCAGAAAGCCGAAGCAUUCGCGACUCGAUCUUAUCGCCGGAAUUCUGUUUAUCUUCGUUCUCGAUAUGUUGCUGCUCAGUUUCACUUUUUGA